CAAAUCAAUUUCUUAGGGUUCGAAGGGGAUUUGCUGGUCCAGUUGGGGCUGGCUUCUUUAAUUUCAUCACGGCUCUAAGGAAAGAAAUCCGUAUCAUAGUAAGAAGGGGCAAAGAAGAUGCACAAGCUUUUCCUAAGUUCUUGAUUGCGUCCCCUUCAUUUCACGGUGGUCGAGGUGCCCUUCCUUCUGCUGGUGGUCAUCCAGCUGACUUGACUUUCCUUGCUGGUGGCGGGCACUGAGUUUGCGCUUUGGAUUGAUUUCUUUUGGUUUAUUGUUGUUUUACGAGAAUUUUCUACUCAAGCAUGGUAGUCAAGCAGCUCAAAGAUGAUAAUUUUCUGUUGAAGUGUGCUACACCUGAUCAGGCUAAAUGUCCUCAGUUCUCUUGUGGAAGUAUUCAAAUUCCUCUUUACUGCUUUGCUAGCCAGUCUCUUGAUGAUAGUGGUCCCUUUGGAAGGUUUUCAUGCAUCCCAGAUGAUGAACCAAGUACAUUGGAGUCUCUUCUUCUUGCUCAGUGGGAAGACAGAAUGUGGAAAGGCAUUUACAGAUAUGAUGUGACAACAUCAGAAAUUAAGAUCAUUGGUGGAAGGAGAAAGUUUCUUGCUCAGUUGAAUGAAGAAUGGAAUAUGGAUCAUUUAUCAGACCCUGAUGAGAAUGAAGUCUGCUGGCGAGGGGAUUCUUUCAUAUUUAACUGGGUAAAACAUCAUGAGGAGUUGCUCUUCUGUGUUGCAAGUGGUGAAAAGGCAAUCCCUGAGUUGAUUCCUACAGCUCCUGUGCCUAAUGCUUCCAUAUUAGUACUUAGUAAUGUGACCCCUGUUGAAUAUGGUCAUGUCUUCCUGGUUCCUCAUGGCUUUACCGGCAUCUCUCAGUUUAUGGAUGCAAGAUCUUUAGAAAUGGUGACCAGGGUUGCUAUGGAAGUAAAUAAUCGUUCUUUCCGAGUGUUCUAUGACUGCUCUAUGCCUAGUGCUUCUCUAUAUUUCCAGGCCUGCUACUUUUCAAACCCUUUACCUGUGGAGGUCAUGCCAGUGGUGACUCUCUGGGACAAUGGACUUGGUGGGACUCGUAUUUGUAGUCUCAUAGAUUAUCCCAUUAAGGCUCUCUUGUUCGAGAGCAAAAGCAACUUAAAGGUAUCAGUGGAAGUGCUUGCAGAGAUAUGUUCCUGUUUACAGGGAAAGAACAUUCCAUACAGUUUUUUGAUCUCUGAUUGUGGCAAAAGGAUCUUCUUGUUUCCUCAGCAGAUGCGAACAUCGACAAAUUCCCAUGCCCUUUCGAGUUGGGAGUGCAGUGGCCACUUUGUUUUCAAGUCGAGGAAUGAUUUUGAUCAAGUGACAGAGGAAGCCAUGCUUAAACGCAUGGCCACUGUUUCCCUUGACGAACCAGGGUUUCAGGUAGUGAAGCAGCUCUGUUGCAGCAUUGCAAGCAAGUUGGCCUCUUGAACCGGUCACUUGUUUCUGGGUGAAUGAAAGAUGCAAAUUACAUAGCAUCUAUGCCUCAGUAUGAUGCAUGCACGAGUAUGGCAUAAAAUAUAGUAAAUGUAUGAUGCAAAAUACAUAAAAUCUGUGAACUUUAAGUGUGAUUUAUGUAUGACACUAAAUAUAAGCCAUUUGAUGGUUGUACUGAAUCCAAAUUCCGGUGUCGGUUUUGGCAUCGGCUAUGAUAAAAUUGGUGUGUGGUUUUGCUGGUUGGAACUUG